UGGAUUGCAUACAUCCGUCUAGCAUCGGAAAGAAAACACAAAAUGGCUUCCAUAGCGACAUUCGCGUUGAUUUUGUGCGUUUUAUUUGUAAACACGCAGAGUUCGGAUCUCAAUGUUGGCACGAGUCUUAACAGUGAGCUGCUGUACUUGGAGGCUGUACAACUGUCGUCGAUCCCACUGAAGACCCGGACGAAGAAUGUUUUCUAUAACAAUUCGACGAGCACAAAAAUCAUUAAGGGCAUCACAGCCAUAGACCUGGACCGCUCCGAAGCGAAGGCAACCAUCACCGCAGGAGGAGUAGGGUCCACCUUCGCCAACAUUCGUCUAAAGAGCGAGAGGGGAAGCGGACUCAACUACCAGAUUCAGAUAUUUGGAUAGAUCUUUUACUGGAAAUAAAUAUUUAGGCUGAGUUGUA